AUGAAUGACGAACAACUACCAAUGAUUGUUGAUCGAAUGCAGAUAACAAGUGGUCAGAUCAGUAACACGGGAGAAGAAAGUUACUGGCGUAACGAAGAAAACUUGGCAGCUGACGUGGGAGAUAACGAACAAGAAAUAUCUAUUGAUAAUGAAACAGACGACGCCCCGGUAUUCUCGAUAUUUGAUAUAGCUAAUAUUUUGGAAAUAUUUAAAUUAAAAGAGAAUGUAUCACGUUCUGGCAUGGAUAGUUUACUGGCAUUGUACAUGAAUCAACAUCUUUUAUCAGAACGAACAUAUUGUUCGGUCUAUCCAACAUGCGGAAAAUUAUCGCGUGGACAGGCUUGGGCGGAUAAAAAAUGUGAUGGUGUGGAAACAUUAUUGAGUCUUCGUACGUCGUCUGCUGCAUUGAUCGUUAUUUAUGGUCGACAAAAAUAUCGACAACUACUUGAAAAUGAAAUGGAUCAAAUUAUUACACUCACAAUGAAUUCAGACGGUAUUGAAAAACAAAGUGUGAAAAAUAACUCAGUGUGGCUAUGA